AUGUCUGCGGAGACUCGGGAAGAACAACUUGCCGAAGUUGAAGCAUUGAAAAGUGUGUACGAUGACUCCUGUGUUGUCACUGAUUAUAGCCCUUGCAUUAGCGGACGAAUCUCAGUUGAGCUGGAGCCACUGCCGGAACACGUCACCGUGAUGGCGAUCUCAGGGCAAGGGCACAAUUCGGCUGACUUGACCAUCUUGCCACCUGUAAAUCUCCUUUUUCGUCUUCCUGAGGAAUAUCCAAUGGUCAGCCCAGAUUUGGAGAUAGAGUGCGAAUGGAUGAAUAAUACUCUGAUUUCAACCGUAGAGCAGCAACUUGACGAAGUUUGCCGUGAGAAUCUUGGCAUGGGAGUCCUUUAUUUUUGCUGCGAAGCAGUGGUGCUGAUAGUAAAAGAGGCCGUUCGUGAACUGAAAGUAAUAUCUCUAGAUAAUACUCCUUAUGGGAGAAAAUAUAACUUAACAGGUCAGCAACUGCUACGUCGAGUGAAAGAUUCCAGCGAGCGAUCAGAAUACCUUCAUUUCCAGUCCUGUUGUCACGACUGCGAGAUUUGCUGUCAAAACAAAAUAGGGCUCCACUGUGUGCAGUUUCAGCCAUGCAUGCAUAUAUUUUGUAAGGACUGCGUUUCUAUGUUCUUUUCGGAAAGGUUGAAUAAUUCAGAGGUGAAAGCUCUCGGAUGUCCGGCUGCGGAUUGUCACUCCAUCGCUUCUCAGAAGAUAGUGCGAUCCAUCAUAGGAGAGGAUGAGUUCGAGCGAUACGAGCGCAUUCUUCUUGAUCGCGCGUUAGGCCAGAUGGCUGAUGUGGUGCUAUGCCCCAGAAAGACAUGCCAGAAUCCUGUUAUGGUUAGCGAAAGAACUCUCAACUUGGGCACUUGCCAAAUGUGUGGAUUUUCAUUUUGUGUGUUGUGUUUUCGGGCUUAUCAUGGAGUAGAUGGAUGCAACUUUAAAAAAAUUGACAAGGAGCGUAUACUCGAAGAGUGGAACUCAGCUGAUGAGAAAGAGCGUGUGUUGAUGGCUCGCAAGUUUGGAGGCUUGAAAAAUUUACAGGUUGCUCAGGACGUCAUUGAUUCUGGACCAAAGCGACACACGCAUGACUCGCAAUGGAGACUCAGACUCAGACUGUGUACCUACAAUGCGAGAACAGUGUCCACAGACGCUGACCUGCAUGCCGUUCUCGGAGCUGCGGAACGUAUCAAAUUUCACUUGAUUGCUCUGCAGAAGACCAAGUGCAGAAGGGGCGACGUACGACAGAUGAAUGACGGUACACUCGUCAUUCGUGGAGAGAAGAUUCCGUCGCAAAAUGUAGGUGGUGUUGGUUUUGUUGUGCACCCAUCUGUCGUCCAUCUUGUCGAUUCUCGCGAGAUCCUGUUACCUCGUCUGGCCAUUCUUCGCCUCCGCCCUCCGCCAAAAAUCCAUCAGUAUCAUCAACUGCUACUCACCAACAUCAGCAGCUGA